CUUUACGGUUUACAUAUGUAAAUUAACCCUUUAUGACUUCCAUUUUUGAGUCCUGAAACAAUUUCCUAAGAUAGGAAAAUCGAUGCAGGACUAUAAUUCAGCGUCCAGGCUACACCUUUGAAAAAGCGUCAAGAGUUGGAAGAACCGCCAGUUCGACGUAAUUUCAAGAACAGUUUGUUUGUAUCUAAUCAAAUGACGGGCAAAGUGGUCUUUUCGAAGAAAGUCGUGAGUAGUGAUGCUUUCAAGUUUCACUUUAAGUUAUGGCGAAUCCUUGGAGUCUAUCCCAUAAAUGGUUGCACUGUUUUGUAUGUAGUGGUGAUUAUUCUGGGUGCUAGCCUUCCGUUCGGUAUGACUAUUUCAUUGUUCUUCACGGACGGUUUGAAGAAUAUCUUGUCUAAUCUUUCACUGAAUAUUACUUUUGUCGUAUGCAAUUUAAAAUACUUCAACAUCUUGAAUCGGAGGCAAAAUAUACUGGAUGUGAAUGAAUGGACUCAACAACUGGAUGCUCGUGCCAAUUCUCUAGAAGAACAAGAGCACCUCCGUUCGGCAGUCCGUUUAUCUCAUAAAAUGGUCUAUCUGACGUGUGGCGUAUUUACUAGUGUGAUUAUAUCAGGUGAACUUGUGGCACUCGUUUCAAAUGGAGAAAAGCUGAUGUGCCCUGGGUGGUACCCUUUCGACUGGCAGCAUGACACGUUAAAUUAUAUUAUCGUUCAUGGGCAUCAGAUAGUCUCCCUAGCGAUAAAUAUACUUCAAAAUGCAACAAACGACACUUUUCCCCCCGUCUAUAUGCAUAUACUGUCGAGCCAUAUGAAAACUUUGAAUAUUCGGAUCAGUAGAUUGGGCACUAAUUCAACUGAAUCCAGAAAAGAUGUAAGUAAGGAACUUCUACAAUGUAUCAAGGAUCAACAGAUGUUAGUUGAAUAUUUCCAGAUGGUCCGAAAAGUCACCUCCUCUGUAAUUUUCCUUCAAUUCUUUACCACUGGGGUGGAAGCCUGCAUCACUGGAGUUUGCUUACUUUUUGCCCAGGGCAACUUACUCGAAAUAGCGUAUCUUGGACAAUACUUUUUGGCUGUUAUUAUGGAAAUAUUUCUUUACUGCUAUUUUGGAAAUGAUCUUGUUUACGAGAGCCACCGAAUGACUGAUGCUAUUUAUUCAUGCAAUUGGAUGGAUCAAGGUAGAAGUUUUAAGAAAAUUCUAAUAAUAUUUAUGCAAUCAACACAGAAAAGUAUGACGAUUAUGGCUGGAGGAUUCUUUCCUGUUAAUUUAUCGGCUUUCGUUUCGGUUCUCAGAGGCUCGUAUUCACUAUUCGCUGUCCUCAUGCGUAUGACAUAAGAAAAUGUCUCCGCAUUAAAAUUAGAUCCACUAAUCUACGCAACUGCACCAACAUUUCACGGUUACUUCAAAGAUAUUUUGAAAUUACAUACAUAAAAGCACAUAUGGUU